AUGAUUGGGGGCCAUAACUCUGCGUCUUUGUAUGCUCAGGCUCUCGAUUGUUUAGGAGCUGCGAAGGAUAUUGACGCUGUCUUCAGGUGUCACCCAGAACUUGAUCCAGGCCACCGGCGCCUCAAACUAACGCGCCAGGAAGGCGUUGAUCAUAUCAAUCAUGAGGUCUGGAAGGGCGAUAUUAUCUCUGGUCGGUGUGAUCUGCCGUUGGCAUGGUGCAAUGGUCAUGACGCAGCCCUUUCCAUCCUCACCAUGUCCCAGCUCCAGCCAACUCAUUAUUCGUUCAGGGAGCUUUUCAGUGUACCUGGUGUCGAUAUGCUUCGUCCAUUUGGACAGAACAGGUACCUUGUAAUAACCAUAGACAAUGACCUUGAGGAUACCAGUGAAGUUCCUAAUAUUCCUCCUCCCGUUGUGAUCGCCCCUCCCUCUCAGUGUCUAGAGACAGUUUUAGUAGACGAGGAUCACGACCAUGCUGACCAUGCAGUUGCUGGCCUUGGGGUCUUGGCUGGAGGUGAUGACGAUGAAGAAAUGAUGCUCACUUUCCAAGAGUCGUUGAUCGACAAAUCCUUCACUGAUGUCCCUGCUCCCUCCUUAUCUUCUCAGCACAUCUCUCAUGACCCUUCGACCCCUGCUUUGCCACAAGGGCCUGGAAUAUGCCCCAAAGAUUACCUCCUAUACAAAGGACGGUGGAUCCACAAGCAGAUGAUAUGUCGUCUCGUGAUCAACAAGGAUUUUAUUUCCAAGUCCCUUAAUCGACUUGAGCACAUCCGUGGAGGUUAUACUAAAGUUAACAAACGUGUCAACGUAUCUGUGGGUCGUAUCACUGAUCGCAAUCUCUUUCUCGUCGGGGACAUUUUUCUCACUGUCCUUCGUUCUGGUCACACUCUUUUGAUUGGCGUGCUUCGUUCUACCACUGCCAGCCUCAAUAAUAUUUCCCGCGCAUCAAUCAACGUGACAAUGAUGAAGGCAUUGCGAACUAUGGCUAAGAUAACCGGUCAACUACUCAGUCUUGUGGCAACUUCAAGGAACAUCAGAGUAUACAGAAUGUGUCGUUAUGGUCACUGUUCCUGGUUCCCUCGUCGAACCAGUCAACCCCAAGGCUAUUUUCAUUCACUUGAGGGACGACAUCAAUACUGA